GCGGACUUAUCGGGCCGCAACCUCGAGGGCGUCGACUUUACGGGCGUCAACAUGGACUGCGCCAACCUGGAUGGCACGCGUCUCAAGGGGGCGAAGUUCGUCGGCGCGUCGGGCGACGGCGCUACCUUCCGGUCGGCGGACGCGCUGGGGGUCGACUUCCGCGAGGCCGCCCUGGUCGGCGCCGACUUUCGCGGCGCCGACCUCCGCAACGCCAUCUUUGAAGCUGCCGUGGUUGAGUCGUCUUCGUUCGCCUCCGCAAAGCUCGCCGGCUCCAACUUUAACGAGGCGGUCCUCAGCGGAUCCGACUUCCGUGGCGCCACCGGCAUGCGCACCAUGGCGCUCACCGGGGCAGUC